CUAUACGUCAGAAUUACAAUAUGGACGAACAGCAUCGGCUUGAUGAUUUUCAAUCGUAACAUAAUUAUAAAAAACCUCUACUAACAAAAUUAAACAAAUAAAUAUGUCGGAUUAUUUACGAUCAGCAUUUGGAUAUUUAAAUGGUGGGUCUGGUACUAAUGAAUAUGUGGGACAAGUGCUGGAAUUAAGUAAUGUGAAAUUACGAGUAAAUAGAUUAAUUGCUGAGGGUGGCUGGGCGUUAGUGUUUGCAGUAGAAGAUAUUGCUACAGGCAAAGAGUAUGCAUUAAAGAGACUGAUAGCAGUAGAUGAAGAAGCAAAUAAAAGUAUUAUAAAAGAAAUAGAAACAUUAAAAAAAUUAUCUGGACAUACUAAUGUAAUUCAAUACUUAUGUGCACAACGAGUUGAGCGGGAAGAUAGACGUGGGUGCGAAUAUUUAAUAGUAAUGGAAUUGUGCCCUGGUGGUAAUCUUGCUGAUGUACUCCGUGGUACAUCAGCAAAUUCUAUGACUCUACCUCAGAUAUGCCGUGUGGCUUAUCAAAUAACUAGAGCAGUUCAUCAUAUGCACACUCAACAGCCUCAACCAAUAAUACAUUUCGACAUAAAGUUAGAAAAUUUUUUGUUUGGGAGUGAUGGACUUAUUAAAUUAUGUGAUUUUGGUAGUUCUUCAACUCAGAAAAUAUUGCCAGACCCAUCAUGGAAUGCUCAAAAACGUUCUAUGCUAGAAGAUCAAAUGGCAAGAUUUACAACACCUAUGUAUCGUUCUCCAGAAAUGAUGGAUACCUGGAAUAAUGAACCUAUUGGUCCACCAGUUGAUUGUUGGGCAUUAGGCUGUAUUCUAUAUUCUUUAGUAACUCUUCGCCAUCCUUUCCCUGAAGGUAAUAAAUUAGCAAUUAUCAAUGCAAAAUACUUGGUACCAACGCCAAAUCCUCGAUAUUCUUGUAUGUAUGAUUUAAUAAAAGGAUGUCUUGAGCCAUCUCCUAUGAAACGCAUGACAACGUCAAUUUUAUUAGAACGAUUAGCAGCAAUUGCUGAGUCAAAUAAUUUUGAUCCUCGAGAACCAGCAGACAUAGAAAUAAAAGCCCCACCACCACCUCGACCAGCUCCGCCACCACCAGUAGCUCCAGUUCCUCCAAGACCAUCUCCACCGAUUGUAUCAGCACCUCAACCAAUAUCUGCACCAUCUAGACCUGUUCCAGUAUAUCAUCCGCCUUCAAAAGUUCAAGGAGCGUACAGUGCAGGCCUUUUUAGUUCAUUAAAAGGUGGUGCAGGCAGUAUAUUUCGUAACCUUAAAGAUACAUCUAGUAAAGUAAUGCAAACGGUGCAACAAAGUAUGGCUAGAACUGAAUUGGAUGCUAGUUACUUAACUUCACGUAUACUAAUUAUGCCGUAUCCAGCGGAUGGUAUAGAAUCAGCGUAUCGAGCUAAUCAUAUUGAAGAUGUGCGAGCAUAUUUACAAUCUAGACAUCCUUCACCAGCUAAAAUUCAACUGUACAAUCUUUCUCGUGGACGGCCAAAUGCUUCUCGGCUUCCUGGUAAACACAUCGACUGCACAUUUGCUUACUCUUCACCGGACUCUAAUGCUCCACUUUUAUCUGCUCUCUAUCAAAUUUGUCAGGAUAUUUAUAGAUACUUAGAUGCUGAUUUUAAUCAUAUAGUGGUCUUGUAUUGUGUUGAUGGCUGUAGAGCGAGUGCAACAGUCGCUUGUGCUUUACUUCUUUACGCUGGUGUUUUAUCUAGACCUGAGGAAACAAUAACGUUUUUUACUACUCGAAGAUGUCAACCACCUCAGUUACAACCAUCUGAAAUGCGGUCAAUAAAUUAUAUGAGUAUUUUACAUUCUGGAGUUUAUCCACAUACAAGACCUUUAGCAUUACGAUCUCUAAUAUUACAACCCGUCCCGUUAUUUACUCGAGCUAAAGAUGGAUGUCGACCUUAUGUAGAAAUUUAUAGCAAUGGUGCUUUUGUAUUUUCCACAAAAAAACUAGAAUAUGAAGAAAUGAAGUUAUUUGACAUGAUGGAAGGAAAAGUUUGCUUAAUUAUUGGUGAUGCUACUGUUCGUGGUGACGUUACUAUUGUUGUAUUUCAUGCUAGACAACAGCUUGGAAGAGUUAUUGGAAUUAAAAUAGCUUCAUUACAUUUCCACACUGGUUUUAUUUCACUUAAUGAAAGUAUAAUAAAUUUCGAUAAAAAAGAUUUAGAUGAUACUCCUGAAGUUGGAGGACAAUUUAGAGUCAUGUUAAAUAUUAUGGUUGGCGAAGAAAAUUUAAAACCUUCGAGAAUACCGGCACCAUGGGAAGUUGAAGUAUCACGUGAUGAAGAUCUUAGACCUGAUCCAUUAUUUAGUUCAACUUUAGAGAUGGAAGAGACAUUAGAAAAUUUUAGGACUACAUAUAAAAGUAAAACACCACCAAGACGACCAUCUCCACUAAUAAUGAAACGUGAGCUAUCAGAUGAAAAUACUUCGGAACAAGAAAUACCGUUACAUCAAGUAGAAGAUGAUGAUGAUGAUAAUGAGGAAAAAGAAGGAAAAGAAAAACAAGAACAAGAAGAAAGUAAAAUUGUUGAACCUCAAUGUGACGAUAAUUUAAUAGAAGCAGUUCUUUUAGAUUUUGGAGGGUCAUCAUUGGGUGAACUUGACCAAAAUCUUCCUUCUUUAGGGCUUAAUCCAAAAUUAAAUAUAUUUACAAGUGGUUCAUCACAAAUCCAAAAUGAUAUAUUUGGUAAUUUUACUGCAUUCGAUAAUUCAGCGACAAAUGAAAAUACACAAGGAAUUAAUAAAUCAGCGUCAAGUAAUGUCUUUAAGAAUAGCGGUGGUAGUAAUUCAUCAAAUGAGAAUUAUUCGGCUGAAAAAGGUGGUAGUGAUUUUUCGUUUGAUCCUUUUGGUGGUAAUAGUUCAAAUGAUCUCUUAGGUAAUUGGGGAAAUACUGUAAAAACUUCUGGCCUAAAAACUCCAAAUGAAGAUAAUUUUCCACGUAAUUCAAGUGUACCAAAUUUUGGAGCGCAAAAUAAAGAUCCAUUUGCUAAUUUGGCUGGUUCUUUAGGUGCAGGUCUUAAUGCUAGUUGGAAUGGUACACCACGUGAUUCAAAUACUCCACAAUCGACAAGUCCAGCAACAGUUGGUACACCAGUUCAUUCUAGUCCACAUAUGCAAAAUAAAGCUAGUAUGUUUAGUGACAAUAGUAAUUUAGAUUCAUCAGUUUAUAAUAAUAAACCAGCUACUAAAUCUGGUGAUGCAUUUGAAGAUCUUCUUGGUAGUCAAGGAUAUAAUUUCUUUAGUUCACGAAAGGCUGAUAAAGACAGUCCAAAGACUAUCAAUGAAAUGCGUAAAGUUGAAGCAGCUAAAACAAUGGAUCCAGAUAGAUUAAAAGUAUCUGAGUGGUCUGAGGGUAAAAAAGGAAAUAUUAGAGGUCUUUUGUGUUCAUUACAUACUGUUUUGUGGCCAGAAGCUGAUAGGUGGCAACGAUAUGAAAUGCAUCAACUCGUUUCAGCUGCAGAUGUAAAGAAAGCUUAUCGAAAAGCUUGUUUAGCAGUUCAUCCAGACAAGCAAGCGGGAACUGCCAAUGAAAAUAUUGCAAAGCUCAUAUUUAUGGAAUUAAAUAAUGCUUGGAGUGCAUUUGAAAAUGAUGCAUCUCAGCAAAACUUGUUUAGUUAAUUAUAAUAAUUAAAUGUUGAUAAUAGUUUAACAAAAAAAAAAAAAAAAACUAAAAUAUUUUUGAUCAAUAUAUUUUUUUUGUUAUUUGUCUGAUGAGUAAAAGACUCAUUUGCCGACUUUGCGCACUUGUUGUAAUGUUAUUUUUAAUUAAUAAGAUAAAAAUUUAUUACAUUCCAAUAACAAUAUUAUUAUUAGUUGUAAUUGUGGUAUCUAUCUAAAUUAUAUCGUAGAUAUUUUAAGUGGUACCCGUCUACAUAAAAAUUUAUGUAAUUUAGU